AUGAUUGAGUAUCAUUUGAUUGUAUUAGUACAUGGAUUAUGGGGUAAUACGUCCCAUUUCGAUUACAUUUCAAAGGCUUUAAAAGAGUAUGCAAGGGAUAAUUGGGGCAAGGAUCACGAAGAAUUGCUUGUUUACACAACGACCCUUAAUGAAGGAUUUAAGACUUAUGAUGGCAUCGAUGUAUGUGGAUUUAGAGUGGCUCAAGAAAUUGCUGAUCAAAUAGGAUGCUUUGAAAAUUCUAGCUCUAAAGGAAGGAUCACAAAGUUUUCGAUCGUGGGAUAUUCUUUAGGUGGAUUAAUAUCCAGAUAUGCGAUAGGUUUACUAUACCAGAAACAAUUCUUUAAAAAGCGAGAGAUACAGCUCCUAAAUUUUGUAACUUUUUGUACACCUCAUGUAGGUGUCUUAGCACCUGGUCGCAAUAUGGCUGUCAGGUUAUUCAAUUCAACGGUACCAUGGUUGCUGGGCAACACUGGUAAACAAAUGUUUCUUAAGGAUAAAGUUACAGUUGGAGUUGAUCAAUCCAAUAAUGGUAUGCCUUUAAUUCAUCUCAUGAGCCUAGAAAAUACUGUGUUUUAUCGAGCUCUGGAAAGUUUCAAGUACAAAAGUCUUUACGCAAAUAUCAUCAACGACAGGAGAACUGCGUGGUGGACUUCAGGAAUUUCACUCAAUGAUCCAUUCUUCAAUAUUGAUGAGUAUAAUGGUGUCGAAGUUUUCCAGUACAUCCGGGGUUUUGAUACAGUUGUGUUGGACCGUAAUGAAAUGAUCGUGGUUGCAAAAGCAGCAGAUCCACCGACCAAGAAUUCUAUUCAAGGCGAUUCCCAGGCGGAAAGUGGAGAUGAGGAUUCCAUCAAUAUCUCUGAUAAUCGCGAGGUUCGUGAUUUUUAUUUUUUCAAUUACUGGUUAAUGAAAAUUGGCAAGUGGAUAUUAGUUAUCGCUAAUCUGUUGAUAAUUGCUCCAUUGUUAUUUACGUGGAAGAUAGUCCACUCUCUUGCCGAAAUGACAAUCUCAACGAUACGAGUUACUAGGUUUGUCAAUAAGUAUUCGCAUCAGCUGCUUCAUGAUUUCUUUGAGAUUCUACCUUCGCCAGAUUCCGAUGAAAUCCUAUCUGCAAAUGAUUCUAUUGGAUCUGAAUCAGAUGUUGAAGCAGAUGAUCUGUAUUCGGUUCGCACCAGUUUGAGUCGGACUUCGUCCAACCACUCUAAUUUUGGUGGUAAUGGCUCGUUUCCACUAGAAUAUGGUACCUACUUAGGUCUAGAAGAGUCUUUGAAUGAUCAGGCAGAUUAUCUGAUCGAAAGUAUUUAUGAUGCCAUUGAGAGAAAGAAUACUCACACCGGUUUUGUAGAAGAAGCCCCAUCAAACUCAACUAACAUUGACGAGGGGUCGCUCGCAGUAACGAUUCGCGAACUAGAAAGUCAACCAUUUGAGCAACUGGUUGCCAAGCAUGGCAAAGAAAUGAUUAGCCUUAUUGAGAACCUCUACUUGGAUUUGUCGCCCACCCAGGUGGCCAUAAUCAACUCGUUGAAUAAGUUGCAGUGGAGCAAAUAUCCAAUUUACAUCCGCAAAACUCCAAGUGCCCACGCAUGCGCAAUUGUUCGUCAAUUGGAUGCUGACUUUGAUGAGGGAAAAAUUGUUGUUGAUCAUUGGAUAAGGAAGGUUCUGCAAAGGAAUUAA